AGACUUUGAAGAGGAAGGAGAAAGAAUACGAGCACGAGAUGGAGCGGCUGGCGAGGGAGAAGAUCGCCAUGCAGCAGCGCUUGGCUGAGCUGAAGAACGAGCUGAGCCAGUGGAUGGAUGUCUUGGAGAUCGACAGGAUUAUCCGACAGACAGUUCAGCCAGAGGAUGACCAGGCAUCUACCUCCACAGCAUCAGAGGGUGAAGACAACAUGGAUGAAGAUAUGGAGGAUGACAGGCCAGUGAACUCGUUACCAAAACUCACUCAGCGGCAGCACCCGGAGCUGCUGAAAGCCGUCCCCCCCAGCGCCGCUGCGCCCCUGGCCGCGGUGCUGCCCCCGCACGUGUCCAUCCAGCAGAAACCCCCCAGCCAACCCCCCCUGCAGCCCCAAACGCUGCUCCCGCCGCCGGCCAUCGUCCCCGCACAGACUCACAUCGUGGCGGCCUCCACCGUGCAAUCGACUGUUAUCGCCCACACCGCCACCACGCACGCCUCGGUCAUCCAGACCGUCAACCACGUCAUCCAGGGCCCGCAGCCCAAGCACAUCGCUCACAUCGCACCUUCCACCUCCAGCCCCGUGCAGCUCAGCCCCGCCGCGCAGCCCAUCGGCCACAUCACUGUGCACCCCGCAGCCAUCAACCACAUGGCGCAGCUGCCGCUGUACCCGCAGCCCGUGGCCGUCAGCCAGCCCGUGGUCAGCCACAUCGCCCACACCAUCUCGCACCAGCAGGUGAACGGCAGCGCGGGGCUGGGCGCGCCGGCCGUGAUGGCCAAACCGGCUGUAGGAACGCAGGUUGUGCAUCACCCGCAGCUGGUGGGCCAGACGGUCCUCAACCCCGUGACUAUGGUGACCAUGCCCUCGUUCCCGGUGAGCACGCUCAAGCUGGCCUAGAGGGGACUGGGAAGCUUUCCCCAGGAAAGGAAACUCCACACAUUCCAGCACAUACCGGGAGGGAAGGAAACCCUGCAGGAACGCCCCGCCGGCCACGGGGCCGCUCCACACUCCCACCCGCUCAUUGAGAAACUUCAAAGACACUUGGUCAUGGUGAUUUUUUUUCCUUUUAUGUGUAAUGAGUGAACUAUGGAUAUGAUGUUCUUAAGACUUUUAAUUUUGCCCUCUUAUGUGUUGCUUCUUUGUAGAAUAAAAAUUGCUGAUCUCUUUAUCGAGAUGUUGCGUAGAAUGGGAAAAAAAAAAUCAUAGAAGUCUAUAUUUAUAUAUAUGUGUGUAUGUGUGUGUAUAUAUAUGUAUAUACAUAUAUAUAUAAAUAUAACAUUUGAAGGCCUUUUGUAAGGUUGAUUAUUUUGCAGGAUUAUGAGACAAAAUUCAUUUUGGGAGGAAGAAGACAGUGUCCUCUCUAAACAAGAAACUAUAAGAUAGAUGGUUUGGUGGACCAGAGUACAGUGACAAAAAAAAAAAAAACCCCAACAACAAACCACGAGUCAAACCA